CCGAGCACAAGCUAGCGUUUCAAACCACUAGAUUCGGAAGGAUGAGUGGUCAACAACAAAUAGAUAUAAGUAUGGGACUCUUUGAACGUUAUUAUUGAUUAUGAUUCUUCUCUGCCAAAGGCUAAAGCUUAAUUAAUAUUUAUUGAUUCAACUUCAAAGCGUUGGGUUGGUGGUGGUGAUGGCUGCAGCUGACAAUAAUAGUAAUAGUAAUAUUAACAGUAGUAGUAAGCCAAAGAUCGUUACCGGUUCCGCCGGUUAUGUUCUUGAAGAUGUUCCUCAUUUGACUGAUUAUAUUCCUCAUCUUCCUACCUACUCGAAUCCAUUGCAAGACAAUCCUGCAUACUCAGUUGUUAAGCAGUAUUUUGUCAAUGUGGAUGACACUGUUGCUCAAAAGAUUGUUGUUCACAAGAAUAGUCCAAGAGGUACACAUUUUCGACGUGCUGGACCCCGUCAACGGAUGUAUUUUGAGUCAGACGAAGUUCAUGCUUGUAUUGUGACGUGUGGGGGUCUCUGUCCUGGCCUGAACACAGUGAUCAGGGAAAUAGUAUGUGGCUUGCACCAUAUGUAUGGCGUAAAGAAAGUUCUGGGGAUUGAUGGAGGAUACAGGGGUUUUUAUGCUCGAAAUACAGUUCCUUUAACUCCUAAGGUUGUGAAUGAUAUCCAUAAACGAGGUGGAACUAUCCUUGGGACGUCACGAGGUGGCCAUAAUACCUCAAAGAUAGUUGACAGCAUUCAAGAUCGGGGGAUAAACCAGGUUUACAUAAUUGGAGGAGAUGGAACUCAAAAAGGGGCAUCUGUCAUAUUUGAGGAAAUUAGAAGGCGUGGUCUCAAAGUUGCAGUUGCUGGAAUCCCCAAAACCAUCGAUAAUGAUAUUCCGGUUAUUGACAAGUCCUUCGGCUUUGACACUGCUGUUGAGGAGGCUCAGCGUGCUAUUAAUGCAGCACAUGUUGAAUCUGAAAGUAUUGAGAAUGGUAUUGGGGUUGUGAAGCUAAUGGGUCGCUACAGUGGGUUCAUUGCAAUGCAUGCUACUCUUGCCAGCCGAGACGUGGAUUGUUGUUUGAUUCCUGAGUUACCCUUUUAUCUUGAAGGCCCAGGUGGGCUUUUUGAAUAUAUAGAGAAACGGCUCAGAGAAAAUGGGCAUAUGGUUCUUGUCAUAGCUGAAGGCGCUGGUCAGGAUCUGCUUUCUGAGAGCAUCCAAUCCCUGGAUAAGCAGGAUGCUUCUGGAAACAAGCUUCUCCAAGAUGUCGGGCUUUGGAUAUCGCAGAAAAUUAAGGAUCAUUUUUCCAAACAAAAUAAGAUGGUCAUAAACCUCAAAUAUAUAGAUCCUACUUAUAUGAUCAGAGCUAUUCCAAGCAAUGCCUCAGACAAUGUAUAUUGCACACUUCUUGCUCAAAGUGCUGUUCAUGGGGCAAUGGCAGGCUAUACAGGAUUCACGGUUGGGCCUGUCAAUGGAAGACAUUCUUACAUACCCUUCUAUCGGAUUAUUGAGAAGCAGAACAAGGUUGUGAUAACUGAUAGAAUGUGGGCUAGGCUUCUGUCUUCAACAAAUCAGCCGAGCUUCUUGAGUGCUAAAGAUGUCAUUGAAGACAAGAAAGAGGAAGAACUGUCCACCCAGAUGGUUGAUGAGAUGGAAUAUUCAGAUGACAGUUUGGAGAAAAAGGUCAUCAGCUAUACCGGUUGAGUCUUAUGUAAUCCUUUCUGUGUGGUUGCUGCCAUUGCUGUGUAGCCUACAGUUAAAGACCAGU